UACAAGCAAGAACCCAGGCAGACUCUGGAGAUCGGCGUCUGAGACGCGCACCAGCGCCACGAAACGUGCGAUGGAGAGCUGUAGCGAGAACAGGGGUCCGGAUCCGCAGUAGAUCGGCCGGGCGAACACGGAGGUCCAAGUCUUCUUUUGGACGGCAGGGAAGAGAGCGGCGGCGGCGGAGCGAGACGGGACCAGACGGGGCGGUCGCUGAUGUGUGAUCGGGCGCAGCUGUGCUCCCUUCACAGCUGCAUCUCGUCUCCCGAUAUUCCCAGCGUGGCCAGGGGUUUAGCACAGAGACCAAGGCCGAGGAGGAGAGAGGCAGCUUUACAGAUGGCUCAGAAAAAAGCUGCUGGCACCUCAAACAGUGCCACACGAAGACGCUGGUGGAAUCUGAGACAGCAGUGGAGGAUGCUGGGGGUGUUUGAAAUCAACCCAGAGCAUGAAUUCUACCAACUGACAUCCAUGAUAAAAGAAGGCAUGCAUGCUUCCAUUCAGAUCACAACUGAAAUGCCAGGCCAGAAUACACUCACAACAGAACAUUUUAAGGCAGAAGAAACUCAAACACAUGAGGGGUUUGUGAUGCAAACAUUCGCAGCACCAGUGUUUGCCAAACUGAGGGCUUCAGUGAACAUCACAGAGGAGGAAUACAUGAAUUCCCUCUGCUCAGAUGGCUGCUAUCUCCAGUUUGUGAGCAACUCCAAGAGCAAGGCAGAUUUCUUUGUCACGAAUGACAAGAGGUUCUUCCUAAAGACCCAGAGCAGGCGCGAGGUCCGGUUUCUGCUGUCCAAUCUGCAGGCAUACACGGAUCACUUUGAGAAAUACCCUCAUUCAUUGUUAGUGAGGUUUCUUGGUAUCCACAGGAUCGUUAUUCCAACUCAAAUGAAGAAAUACUUCAUUGUGAUGCAGAGUGUGUUUUACCCUGAUGAAAGGAUCAAUAUUAGAUACGACAUCAAAGGCUGUGAAGUGGGCAGAUGGACUGACCCUGACAAAGAAGGGAAACAAAUAAUAAAAGUGCUGAAGGAUAAUAACUUUGAAGGGCAGUACAUUGAGUUAGGUCAAGAAAAAUCCUGGUUUGCUCAUCAAGUGAAAGUGGACACUGCCUUUCUUCGUGAGCUUAAUGUGCUGGACUACAGUCUCCUUCUGGCCCAUCAGCCUCUGCAUCGGGAUGAGCUUGAAGGGAAACACUCAUUAGCUAACCUUGUUAUUCGCACCACAAAGUCUGUGUACUUGGAUGAACAUCCUACAACAUCAGACCCCUCCAAAAUUCCUUUAUUGAAAGAGACCUCGGGUGAGGUGACAUUGGAUUCUACAGACUGUGGGUCAGGUCAGCUGGAGGCAGCAGCUGGAAGCAGUGGUGAAGGGAUCAACCAACAGGACAGAAGUUGCCCUGUCUCAGACGCCAUAGAACUGCAAGAAUUCCACGAACAUCAUCGCAGGUUACUGCCCAAUUUCCAAAAUGCAGUUCAUGUGAUAGAUGGGCCACAUUGCCGAUACUUUGUGGGUAUUAUAGACAUUUUUACUAUCUACGGAAUGAAAAAAAGACUAGAGAACCUGUGGAAAAGCCUCCGCUACCCAGGUAGGGCUUUUUCCACAGUCAGCCCAACCAAGUACUCACACAGGUUCUGCCGGUGGAUACAAGAUCACACUCAGUGACAAAAUGCAGAAAGCAUUCUUUACUGAUAUGUGCACUAGCUGUUGUCACCUCCAGAGUGCACUGAAUGGACUUAUGCCCCUUUGUCUCUGUCACAGCUGCCAGAGGCAGUCUACUGUUUAUGCGGACUGUUUUUCUCUGCAGCAGACAAUUUAUUUUUAAUGUAUACAAAUACAUAUACUUCUUUACCUGUUCUUAUAUAACAGUUUUGCUUUCUACUAAUAUGCUGUACAUUAUUCAAUUACAUGCAAAAUAAAGAUUAACCAUGUGCUGAAAAUAUAUUUUAAAACAGCCACAAAGCACCUGUAACAUGAGCGAGAGAGAGAGAGAGAGAGAGAGAGAGAGAGAGAGAGAGAGAGAGAGAGAGAGAGAGAGGAGUAUUUGAGAUGACUCAGAAGUGGCAAAGGCCAAACUGACCUGUGGCAUAGUUAGUAUGUGGGAAUAGGUAUCUUUGCUUAAAACAUGGGAAUAGUGGACACAGGUUACAACACAAGAACCCUUACAUUUAUCCUAUAUUCUAAUUAUGCUGCUUUGCUGGGAAAACUCCUACACCAGCUUUGAAAUACAAUAAGCCAUCUUUAACGCACAGCAAUACUCAAUUUCACAAUUAAAUGUAAACAACAAAAAACACUGACCACUCUGUUCACUUGUAGACAACAAGGAGGAAAGGGUAAGGAAAGGGACCGAAAAAUUAUCACAGAGCCCCCAAGUGGUCAAAAAUUGCAACUGCACUAAAAACGUCAUAGUUUUGACUGUGCUUUCUGAGCUUUAUGGAUGCAAAAGAAACAUUUUAAUUGUAUAGUUAAAACAUGUACACUUAUUAACUAUUACCUUAGAGACUGCAUUUACACUCCUACCAAUCAUGUAAGGCGUGAUUCUCAAAGAAAACCAAAUUUUUUAGUACCUUGUCAAUCCAAUAAAGUCAAAUAAAGUCAAGUUCAAUGUUGUCCAUCAUCUUCACUAGCAAAUUGAGCCUUUACUCAGCUUCAAGCAAAAGUACUGUGUUAUGUAUGGACCUAUCUAAAUAAACAGGUUUUGUAAUGCGUGCA